CUCUCUUCCGUCAAAUUCAAAAUUAGGCAAGGGCCUAGACUUCCGUUUCCCAAUCAGUCCACUCGAAACCCUACUGCUAUUCAGAUCAUAAGAAGUAGAGAUCCCCAAGCAGAAAAGUCAACGAAUUCGUAUAUAUUUUUUAAUUUCAAAAAAUCAAAAAGCAAAAAAAAGAACAAGAAAUUUCUUUGCAACCCGCCCAAAAAUAUAGGUUAUCGGUCAUAACGGAGCAAGAUAUAUAUAGAAGAUCAUCUAAAAUGGAUCAGUCCAAGGCCAAGGUCACCAGCGUGGAGGAGGGCGGUGAGUCGGGGGGCGCUCCCAAGAGCCCAACUCCGACCAGGACCAUCAGGAUCGGGGCAACCGCCGACAGCCAGGGAUCGAGCGGCAUCGGCACUGGAGUGACCGGAAUUUUGAAUCGACCGGAAUCAGAUUCCGGCUUCAGUUCGGCGGAGAGCACAGACUCCGUCCAGAGGGCCUUUGGAGCAGUGGUAGGCGGAGGUGGAGGUGGAGGUGGUGCGCCCUGUGUCCUUCGACUGCGCUUGUCCCACACCCAAUCACCGCCGCGGAUGCCAAGGGUAACGGCCUCGGCACCGGCCGCCAUCUCUGGCCAGGAACAGGGACAGGGACAGACCCUGAAACUGGCGCCCGCCCGCCAUGUGGCCUUCCACGAGGGCGUCAUCGACAACGAGCACAUGAACAAGCGCAAGUCCAAGUGCUGCUGCAUCUACCGGAAGCCGCAUCCCUUCGGCGAGAGCUCCUCCUCCACGGAGGACGAGUGCGAGCACUGUUUCGGCCAUCCGGAGGUCCGUCAGCGGAAUCGUCUCGAGAAGCAGAGGAAGCGCCGUCGGGCCCCCGAUCCCGUCGACUGCGAUUGCUGUUGCGGUUCGGAGAGCAGUGCCGAGGACAUUCCCGCUCAGAUCGAGGACAUCGAUGAUGGGAUCUCGCUGGAGGUGCUGCAGAUCCAGGACGUUCAGGACAUGCAGGACAGCCAGGCCAAGGACACCAGCAAGGACAAAGAUCAGUGCGAGAAGGACGAGUCCAAGUCGCAGGCUGCCUGGGAAGAAGAGCUCCGCAAGGAUUAGUUCUGCAGGGCUUAAUUUUUUUUUAGAAGCGCCCUCUAUUAUCCGUAUAGUCCUUGCCAUCCUGCCUGUUUUUUUUUUUUACAAAAUCGUGUUCUGAAGAGCUGCCAGCGCCACUUUUGAAGCCAAAUUGUCGCCGACACUCGUGGAUUUUUGAAGAAGAGCCUCCGUACUGCCCUAUUAUAUCACUCGAAGGACCUCUUCAGUUUGUCGCGGGGUUUGUAGAGCCCAACUGGGAGGAUUAAUUUUUGGUUAGUUUAUUUAAAUUUCAAAUUUCGUCAAGUUGUGAAUUAAAAUUUUGCUGAAAAACCCAAGA